AAAAACUCUAAAAAUAACUCUAAAAAUAUGUAAAAUUUUAUUUCAAAAGAUUUCGAAACAGACUACAUGCAAUUUAUUGAACAGAACUGCUAAAGAUGUUCAAAGUCGCCAGUUACAUCGCGGUGUUAGUUGUUCUGACCUCGGCCUGGCAGCUGGAGGGGCAGAAAUUCACCUGUGCACCCCUCAGGUGUCCGAGGGUGAACACGAGGGCUUGUAAAUUCGGUGUCGGACUCAAUGCCUGUGGCUGUUGUGAAGUUUGUCUCAGCGGUCUGAAUGCACCGUGUGGAGGCCCCUGGAAUACAGAAGGUACUUGCGGCACCGGUCUGACGUGCGUCAAAAGUGACGCCAACGACGUCGACUCGGUCGGUACUUGCAAGAAGGCUGACACGUUGGUAUGCGACUGCAAGACCAUCAAGUGUUCCAAAGUUGACCCGCAGUCAUGCAAAUACGGCUUAGGACUUGACGCUUGCGGCUGCUGCGAAGCGUGUCUGCUCGGUCCCGGCGCUACUUGUGGCGGCAUGUGGGAUAUGGAAGGAUAUUGUGGCACUGGCCUGACCUGCGUUAAGAAGGACUCUACUGAUGCAGAUUCUAUCGGAACUUGUCAGGUCGAGAAACCUCAGUGCGCCUGCAAACCAGCGUCCUGUAGCGCCCCUGAGUGUAAAUACGGCGUGGGCAAAGACUCGUGUGACUGCUGCGACGUCUGUCUUCUUGGUCCUGGAGUAACAUGUGGAGGCCCUGGUGACGUACACGGCAAAUGUGGCAGGAACAUGGCAUGUGUUAAAAUAGAUCCCAAGGAUGCUAACUCCAUCGGGACCUGCAGAAUAAUCCCUAGGGGAAAAUGAGCUACGCAGCCCGGUAUGAGGUCUGCCUACAGCGAAGCGAACGUGCUUGUGAUCAGCCUUGCUUCGAUAGGAUCUACUUACAAAUAUUAUUAUACAUCAAGUGCUAUACUUCUCCUUCCAUUAAAGCUUGUCUAUGUAAUAAUUUGCGUUUCCUUUAACGAUAUCUUCAUUUUGUGUAUCUUUUAAUUGAAAUUUCAUAAGCUAUUGUUUGCGUCGUACCUGCUCUUUAUUACAGUGAAUUCAAUUCUAUAAAUUGUUUCAUUCCACGGUAAAAUGUAAAAUUAUUAUAAUGAUGUCCUUCGAUAUAUUAUAUAUGCCUCCAUUGCAUCUACCGAGGAUUUAUUCAAGUGAAAUUAGCUAAGGACCAAAAUUGAAAAUUAUACCGUGCUUUGAAACUACAACACAUAUUUUCUCUCUGUAGUAUCGAAUCUCUCGCUUCUUCUAUUGGGUUACCAAAAAUAAUAACGAAUGUAAUCAUGAAGUUGAAGUUGUUGUUUUAUUUACCCAUUUUGAUGAAGUUGAAGAGGAAUUCUAUGA